AUGCGUCCCUUCGAGCUCACCACUCUCGUCACUUUUCUCUCACUAGCCGUCAUCGCCCGAACACUUAAUUUCUCGGGAAUUUGCGACAACGCUGCGUUCAAGGCCCGCGAGACCCUCAGCACCCCUCGAGGCACAUGCCCAUCCUUCUUUUAUCCCAUCCUCCUGCAGAUGACGAAAUGCGCAUUCUACCUCGCUAGCAGGCGUCCAGAGGAUGUUCCUGCGUAUCCCAGCAAUGGGAUUCCUUCGCUCCAGCCAGACCCGUCCGACGUGUGUGACUUUUGGAAGUGGGUUUGCGACUCCUCGGUGUCUUGUAAGAAUGAGAUGACUGACGUGAGGAAAUACAGUGUUUACUUGGCGGCGUUUCCCGACCUUGACGAAGAGGCAAAAGAGGAUCCUUCGGUCCGCCUCAAGUUUUCCAGACUCAAAUACGAAAAGAUCUAG